AUAUUGAUCUGAAGGAGAUCAGCGCAUCCUUGGAGCUGAUUAAAUCAUCAUCAUCAAGAGAUAAAGACCUGAAGGAGAUCAGUGCAUCCUUGGAGCAGAUCAAGUCAUCAACAGCAAGAGAUAAAGACCUGAAGGAGAUCAGUGCAUCCUUGGAGCAGAUCAAGUCAUCAACAGCAAGAGAUAAAGACCUGAAGGAGAUCAGUGCAUCCUUGGAGCAGAUCAAGUCAUCAACAGCAAGAGAUAAAGACCUGAUGGAGAUCAGUGCAUCCUUGGAGCAGAUCAAGUCAUCAACAGCAAGAGAUAAAGACCUGAUGGAGAUCAGUGCAUCCUUGGAGCAGAUCAAGUCAUCAACAGCAAGAGAUAAAGACCUGAAGGAGAUCAGUGCAUCCUUGGAGCAGAUCAAGUCAUCAACAGCAAGAGAUAAAGACCUGAAGGAGAUCAGUGCAUCCUUGGAGCAGAUCAAGUCAUCAACAGCAAGAGAUAAAGACCUGAAGGAGAUCAGUGCAUCCUUGGAGCAGAUCAAGUCAUCAACAGCAAGAGAUAAAGACCUGAAGGAGAUCAGUGCAUCCUUGGAGCAGAUCAAGUCAUCAACAGCAAGAGAUAAAGACCUGAAGGAGAUCAGUGCAUCCUUGGAGCAGAUCAAGUCAUCAACAGCAAGAGAUAAAGACCUGAUGGAGAUCAGUGCAUCCUUGGAGCAGAUCAAGUCAUCAACAGCAAGAGAUAAAGACCUGAUGGAGAUCAGUGCAUCCUUGGAGCAGAUCAAGUCAUCAACAGCAAGAGAUAAAGACCUGAUGGAGAUCAGUGCAUCCUUGGAGCAGAUCAAGUCAUCAACAGCAAGAGAUAAAGACCUGAAGGAGAUCAGUGCAUCCUUGGAGCAGAUCAAGUCAUCAACAGCAAGAGAUAAAGACCUGAAGGAGAUCAGCGCAUUCUUGGAGCAGAUCAAGUCAUCCACAGCAAUAGGGGAACUGCAGAGUGAUGUGCAGAGAGUGCUCGCCGACCUCAAGACACUGUCCGAUCAGGUGGAGAAGAUUUCUUCCUCUAAAGGUGAGAUCAGGUCUGUAGUCUGCCCCUCUGAUUGGUCUAAAACUCAUCUCGGCUGUUACCUUUACUCCAAUGAAGAAAAAUCCUGGGAAGACGCCAAAAAUACCUGCAAAGCCAAAAAUUCUCACCUGGUGGUCAUCAACACCGAAGAAGAGCAGAAUUUCAUAUUUGGGAUCACAAAGGGGAAAUACACCUGGAUCGGUCUGACGGACGUGUCUGGAGAAUGGAUAUGGGUGGACGGAACCAAAUACGAUUCUACCCCCCAUAAUUGGGUCCCCGGUCAGCCGGAUAAUUAUUUUGGCCAUGGACUUGGAGGAGGAGAAGAUUGCGCUCAUCUGCAUAACAACGGACAAUGGAACGAUGACCACUGCUCACGACCCUACUGGUUCAUGUGUGAGAUGAAUAUGUGA